ACAUUUGUACUAGUCUAGAAAUAAAAGCAAUAAAGAAAUUGAACCAAAAGUCUUGUGAAGUUUCCUACAUCCUUCCUAGUUCCUACCACCUUCCUUCCUAAAUUCUAUUUAAUAAACUCUAUUAAACAUUAUGCCAAAUGAAAGAGGAAAAAAUAGUAUUAUUGAAGAAGAGAGUUACAAUUCUCAAUAUAUUUGAAUAUUUUGAUAGCAAAAGAGUUCUUUCGCCUGGAAAUCUGAAUAAUAUUCAUUUUGUUCCAUCAUAUUACUAGUAAAAAUGGCAGGUAUGCUUGCUGGUGUUGAAUGUGCUAGAAGAAGAAAGUUUCAUAAAAAUAGUGGCUUGCUAGAUUCAUCAUAUAAUACAUCUUCAUCCACAAGAAGAUCUUUUCUUUGUCUAUACACAAGUAGCCAUGAACAUAACCUUACCUCAAGAUUGUCCAAGGAAAGAAGUUCAACAAGCCAAGAAUAUGAAGAUGAGAAAUUGGGUGAAAUUGCAAGAGAAGCCAAGCAAAGACUGGAUGAGAGGCUCAGUUCCCAAUGGAAAUCACAAAAUAAGAGUGGUGCCAAGGGAUUCAAAAGUCUAGGGCAAUGGACGGGCCUGAUUUGCUGAUAAAUGGCUGGACCAAUAUUUGAAGUUGUAGUUGAGAAAAAAAAUUAUUAUUUUUAAGACUUCAAUUAGCAUUUACGCUAACCAAUCGAAUGUAUGACACGUAUCUUUCAUACGUAUAUUAUAGUUAAACUGAUAUGCAUUUUGACUAUUAGAACGGGUUUCACAAAAUUGAUUUUGAUUGAGCGUCAAUUGUAGAUCGUAUUUUUUUUUGCCUUUUAGGAGUGCCCAAGAUUUCAUGUAAUGAAACUGUGGACUGGCAAAUAGUGUUUAAGAUUUCUUGUAAUGAAGCUAAUUGACUUGAUUAGAAGUUUUAUAA